UGAUUCUUUUCAGAAUCGGAGACCAUUCACUCACUGCUGAGUUCCCAGCUGACAGGUUAAGCACGCGGUAAAAGAUUUCAGAGACUUGACAAUGGAUAUCGAUGAAGAUAUAGGUGAUUCUUCACCACCAGAGGCUCCAGCCACUAAAAUGUCCAGACAACAGAUAUUAACACUUAUUGCAAUGGCCUCCAUAAACUUUAGUUCAAUGAUCUGUUACUCCAUUCUGGGACCAUUUUUCCCAAAUGAGGCAAAGAAGAAAGGUGUCAGUCAAGCUAUGAUUGGUUUAAUAUUCGGAAUUUAUGCAUUGUGCACUUUGGUGGGCUCAUUGAUACUUGGUAAAUAUAUUGUCCAGAUAGGAGCCAAGUUUAUGAUUGUGGCAGGGUUGUUCGUAUCGAGUGGAUGCACUGUACUCUUCGGGUUUCUUGACCAAGUGUCUGAUGGGACAGUUUUCAUCGUGCUCUGUUUUAUCACACGGUGCAUAAAUGCAAUUGGCUUUUCCGCCGCCGUUACAUCAUCUUUUGCAGUUUCAGCAAAAGUUUUCCCUGACAACAUAGCGACUGUUUUGGGCUUCAUGGAGAUUUUUACAGGUCUUGGCCUGAUAUUGGGGCCUCCGUUGGGCGGCUGGCUCUAUCAGUCAUUUGGAUAUGAAAUCCCAUUCGUUUUCACAGGAUGUCUUCUGUUUGCGACAGUGCCUCUUAAUUUGUGGAUUUUACCAAGCUUUGAUGCUGUUCCUUCCCAGAAUUCCUUCCUCAGAUUGUGUACCAGAAUAAAGAUCCUUCUCAUCUGCUUCGUGGUGUUCACGUUGAGUUCGGGACUUGGCUUCCUGGAUGCAACACUGUCCAUAUUUGCCAUAGAAAAGCUUAAUCUCAGUGCUGGUUCGGUGGGGCUGCUCAUGAUUGGACUUUCACUGCCAUAUGGGGCGGCAUCACCCAUCUUUGGUGUGAUCAGUGAUAAAUAUCCUUCAAUUAGGAAAUGGAUGAUGGUGACUGGAGGAAUGGCCACAGCAGUGAGCUUCUGUUUCCUCGGCCCACUUCCUGUUUUCCAUAUUAGAAGUCAGCUCUGGCUCACCGAACUCAUGCUGAUCGUGGUGGGCUUUUCUCUCUGUAUGACCUGUAUCCCCACCUUUGCUGAGAUGAUCGCUUGUGCACAUGAAAAUGGCUUUGAGGAGAGCUUGAGUACACUGGGAUUGGUGUCAGGCUUGUUCUCUGCAGUCUGGUCUGCUGGGAUGUUCUUUGGGCCGACUAUUGGAGGAUACAUAACACAAGCACUCAACUUUGAAUGGAGUGCAGGAGUUCAAGGCGCACUCGCCUUUCUCGCUGCCUUACUACAAUUAAUAUAUUUCACAAUAGAGGACAUACAAAAGAAGUCACAAAAGGCCAACAGGACUGACAUGUCGUCAUCUCAAGGAGAAAAAUCCCCUCUUCUCCCUGAGACAGAUCGUCUCAGGGUUGACAUCAGCUGAAAUAAGCUCCUGCAAGCUUUUAAAUGGAAGAACAAACCUAAUCAUAUUGCUGCUAAAUACAGGUGAUGUGGGAUAUGAUUGACAGAUGACAAAUGAAGAACGCAGAGAAGGUCAGUUUAACAACAAAGAUGUCAUGCAUGUAUUAUUUCAAGAGCAAUUAAACCUUUACACAGGAGUUCAGUGAACAUUUACAAUGUAAAUGCAAAAGUCCUGUAAGAAGAUUGAAUUAAGAGAGAAGUAAUGCAUAAUAGUAACAAGAUGAUAUUUACACUAAACAGAUCUGAGAUGUGCCUUUUGAUAAACACUUAAGUGGUUUUUUUUUUUUGACUUAUUCUUAUUUUUUUGGCUUAUUUAUUGUUUAGAUGUUUACAUGAGAUGUAAUAUGAUCCAUUCUAAAAAAAAAAAUGGGUGUGCAUUUUUGAAGUAAAUUGAAAUCCUUAAGAGUUCUUGUGUAUAUUUCCAUUUAGUUAUUUAGCAGAUGAUUUUAUCCAAAGCGCCUUACAAAUGAGGAUAAUGGAAGCAAUCAGAAUCAACAAAAGAGCAAUGAUGUGUAAAUGCUAUAACAAGUCUCAGUUAGCUUAACACAGUACACAUAGCAAGGUUUGUUUGUUUUGUUUUUAUUAUAUAAUAAAAAGAAAACAGAAUAGAAAAAGAAUAGAGCAAGCUAGUGUUAGAGGCCUUUUUUGCUUUUGUUAAAUUUUUGUAUAUAAUAAUUCAUUACCUCAUAUACAGUGUGUCUUUUAGUACAAUACACUGGAUUAUUUCUGAAGUUUUGUUGAGGUUUCAGAAAUCUUUUGGACUAGUGCAAGAAUGUAGGAUUUGUAUUUUAAUAUUACUUAACACAGCCCUAGUUUGGGACUGACCCCAUUGUAACUGCUUUUACAGAUUUACAAAUUAUUGCCAUAAUCAGAUGGAAACAACUUCUACAAAUGUACAGUUUUACAAAAUACAUUUUUACAAUGUGCAUUACAGCAUUUUCAUAGCAAUGAGAUCCUUCGGUUCUUUGGAGAUGUUGCAUAAAUAUUGACCCUUUCAACACUGCAGAAAUUCUUUACUCUUUUACAUGAAAAUAUGUGCAAUUAUUACUUGUUUAAAAUUGGAACAUUUUAAAAUCUUGCGUUAAUUUGUGAUACAGAAAUGCAUAAAUACAUUUAAUCAACUGCAUUUACAUUAACUCUGGUACUAAAUAAAUAACAUAGUUUAUUCCCUUCUGUGAUAUGUGAAUAAAAUAUAUAUAUUAGAUAUGUCA